AGAGGCCAUCUCCCCUGUCAAGCACGGUUGUUGGGGUAUAUGAUUUCAUCACAAAAAUAAUUCAAACAAAUUAAUUGGGUGGUCACCAAACUCAAAUUGCACCUUCAAAAAUUAUUCUUUUACUCGCAAAAUUGAAUAUCCUCGUUAGCCCUCAAAUCCUCCUCACCAAAUCAUUAAUGGCAAUAUGGCAUCUUCUCCAAAUAAUGUGAAUUCAAUAAUACCAAGCAAUCACUAAGCCACAAGCUUCCCCUCCUACUCCCAACCUUUAUUAUAUUCUCUUCAUUAUCGGUUUCUUUUUAUUUUUCGCAUUAUAUCUACUGUUUGUGGAUUCUGAUUGUCUCUUCCAACACCAGACAUUGUGAUUUGUUGUUGUUACUGCAUUUUAUUCCUGUAAUUUUGGCAGCGGCAGAAUCUGAUUUCUUGAGUGAAAAGGGUUUGGAUUGCUGUUUGUAUAGUGUUAUUUAUUCUUCUCUAGUCUUCGUUUUGGUUUUUGGAAUUGGGACCAUCUCUCACCUUCUCCGAUUAUUCUGUGUAGAGAUUUCCCCGACGCCCAUUUUUUUAAUAGAUAUAUGAGUUUGUUUAAAACACAUUUGCAUCAAUUGCCCCAAUUUCUAUCUUCCUUUUCACUCUUGACGACUUAAUUCUUUCCUCCCCUUUAAAGCAAAGUUGAUUCCAUCUUUUCCUCUUUUCAUCUCUUCUUGCUUUUCGUUUCUGGGUUUCUGCGCUCUUUUUUUUUUUUUCGCUUUCAGAGAUCCAAUUAAGAUAAAAAUGGGGUUUUCGAGAAAUAGUUGCAUCGACGUUACGGAGCCUCCGCAUGUAAAGACUCAAGCUUUAUGUGGCGCCGGCGGUGGUGAUCAAGCGUUGUGUGAGAGCUCCGAAUUCGACGAUUACGAGGUGAAGUUCAAGUCUUUGCUGUACAAGAUGUUCUGGGAUUUCGGUUUGGGCUGCGUUAUCCCCCGCCGCCAGCGGCGGAGCUCCGGCAAGAAUGAGGAGAAGGGUGGGCGGAGUUUGGACCACAACAAGGCCUGGUUGCUGGCGGAGUCCGGCGGCUGCGCGGCGGAGGAGCCGCACUCGGUCCACUCCUCUUUUAGGUUCAGCUUGUGCUCUCAGGUUGAGCUGGAGUCCAUGACUGUAAAUAGAAGCAAUACUGCCACUGUUUUAAUGGUGAAUUUGGACAGCGGUUUGUUGACAGAUUCUAAAUCACAAGAUUUGAAAUGGAGAAGAAUUGAGUCUUUGGAGAGAAGCAUUUCCCCCGUGGCCCAUUCUCUGAUUAGGUUCAGCUACUCUGAUAUCCUCUCUGCCACCAGAAAUUUCUCCAAAGGUAGAGUUUUGGGGAGAGGGGCGUUGAGCUGUGUGUUCAGAGGGAGAGUGGGAUUUAUGAGGAGUGCUGUGGCGAUCAAGAGGCUGGAUAGGGACGAUAAGGAAUCUUCCAAGGCGUUCUGCAGGGAAUUGAUGAUUGCUAGCUCUUUGCAUAACCCUCACAUUGUUCCACUAGUGGGGUUCUGUAUUGAUGCUGAGAUGGGCUUGUUUUUGGUGUACAAGUACGUCUCCGGUGGAAGCUUGGAGCGAUUCUUGCACGACAAGAAGAGGGGUGUGAAGGGUGGUUCGGCUCUUCCAUGGCCGGUUAGGUACAAGGUCGCGGUGGGGAUUGCUGAGGCAAUCGACUACUUGCAUAAUGGAACAGAAAGAUGUGUUGUUCAUAGGGAUAUAAAGCCCUCAAACAUCCUUGUUUCGUCGAGGAAGACUCCCAAAUUGUGUGACUUUGGCUUGGCAACGUGGACUUCUGCGCCUUCAGUACCAUUCCUUUGCAAAACCGUUAAAGGAACAUUUGGGUACUUGGCUCCCGAAUACUUCCAGCACGGGAAAGUGUCGGAUAAAACUGAUGUCUAUGCCUUUGGCGUCGUGCUCUUGGAACUCAUUACUGGAAGGAAGCCAAUUGAGUCUAGCCGAGGACUGGGAGAAGAGAAUCUGGUUUUGUGGGCAAAGCCCCUAUUGCAGCAAGGAGGUGUAGAAAAACUGCUAGAUCCACGGCUAGGGCUCACGCCCAAGGGCAUGAGCCAAGUAACGCGGAUGGCACGAGCCGCGGCCGCUUGCAUAAACAACGAGUCAAGGAGGCCGGAGAUGGGAGAGAUCGUCACUAUAUUGAAAGGAAAAGAAUCCAGAAGCAAGGCUCUCAACAAUGGUGUGACCGAAUCUCACCCGGAGUUGCUGCAGACAAAGAGUGAAAUGAAAAAUCAUUUUGCGUUGGCCAUGCUCGGAGUCGAGUUCGACGAGGACGAUAGCCUUUAUCGCCGGUGAUACGCCGUCUCACAUUGCCUUUUUUCAUUUUAGGCAGUUUGAAGAUAAACUUAGGGUUAGGUCCAACAAGUUUGAUUUUUGUAUAGAAAGCCAAUUUAAGUUUAUAGGAAGUGGCUUUGACUAUUGUUGUUUGGACUUUUGUGGUGUCGUAUUUUUUGCAUGCUACAUUUGGUGAGAAACAUGGGCUGUAAUAGAUAACCAACUCUUUAUUCGCACAACGGGUAUAUAAGCCAUGAAGGAAUAAAACAAGCCUGCAUUUGAUACUAAA